CCGUGUAAGAAGACAAAAGUUAUGCAUAGCUCUAACCUUAAUGAUUUUUGUCACCGGUCAUCUGGGAAAAGAACCAAGUGAUCGUGGAAGCCAAGACCACCAUCCUGCCAAAAAUCCAAGGGCACCUUCUCCACAAAAAAGGAUAGAGGACCAUGGGCGGCAACCGUUGGAGCUCUUCCUCCUCUCUGUUGGCCUUGAUGGCCAGCUUGUUGCUGCUUCUACUACAGGUGUCAUGUGUAUGGUCAGAAUCGACAGUGGACGUGGAGAGAAGGUCGCUUCGAAACUUGGGAACUUGGUAUGAAGAUGAAUCGGGAAAAGACACUGCUCCUGCUGCUAGUACUACUACUACUACUACAACAUCACCCAAGCAAAACAACACUGACGCUCCCGCUGCUGUCACAACGUCAGCUCCUGCUGUUCCGUAUCCACAACCCUAUCAGUUGUGGGAGCCCAAACACAUUAAAGAUCAAUUGUUCGAAUGGGCCGAAUACUUUCCCGAAUUUGUGCGGUUGACCAAUGCUCAAGAUCAAUACGGUCUGCCAACCGCCGGCAAUGAACACGAUUGUCCGUACGACGACGAUGUCCCGGGGUGUCGCAACUACAUCAUGACAUUGCAAGACUACGAAAAACACCCCGAAGGUAGCGACAGCAGCAAUCGUCUCCCCGAAGUCUUUUGGAGUGGCGAAUUGCACGGCAAUGAACGCGUCGGUCCUACCGCUGUCAUGCAAGCUACGCACUUGCUCUUACUCGCAGCAUCCUGUCAAGCCAAACCGCGUCAUUUUGAUACGUCCCGCCAUUCCUUUAAUGAAAAAACCGCCGAUUGGGCGUCCCAGAAAAAAGCCGCCAAAGAUUGUCGACUUUUACUCGAAAAGGAACAUGGCAUGGACGAUGCCCAUCGACAGUGGUUGGCUCGUAUUCUUUCGACGAGACGCAUCGUGGUGGUCCCCACCGCCAAUGCCUUGGGAUAUUACAUGAAUUUGCGAGAAGAGCUGCGCAAUGAUCCCAAUCGAGAUUUCCCCUACGAUGUCGAAAAUGCCAAGGAUUGUAUGAAAACCAUUGCGGGACGAACCCUCAAUGAAAUAUUUCGAGAGCACAUGUUUCAAUUGUCGCUCACAUUCCAUGCCGGUAUGGAAGUAGUGGGAUACGAAUGGGGGGCUCCUACAUGGAUGGGACAUUUGAGUCCGGAUGAUACGGCGCAAGCGACGAUUGGACGAGCGUACAGUGAAUACGGAGGUACAUUCAAGGGAUCUACUCCGUACAAUUAUGGAACCAUGAAUGAUUUGGUGUAUUAUGUACGAGGUGGCUUUGAGGAUUGGGCGUAUGCGGGAUCGUGGGAUCCCGAUCGCGUCAUUGCCUGUCAACCGACCACCCAUGGAGGAUACGAUGCUGCCAAAACCAAAUACGACAAUUCCACCCUUCGCGUCUUUAACAUGCUCGUCGAAACCAGUAACCGCAAAAUACCACCCGCAAGUACGUUGGGCACGUCCAAAGAUGUUUUCAACAACAAGACGGCCGGUAAUGGACACGUCAGUCGCAACAUUCGUCUCUCCUUAAUGGCGUCGGAUGUCGUACAGCCUUAUGUGGCCAUGGUGGGCGUCAAUGAAUUGACAUUGACCGAUGAUGUCGUGCCCAUGGUACAAGACGAAGGACGAUCCUGUCAGGAUACCAAAGCCGUCAUGGUACCGGGAAACAACAAUGUCACGUACCGAUGGACUGUCGGAGGAGCCUUUGACAUUGACUCGACGGAACUCUGGUAUGCCAAAUGGGAUGAUGUUCCCGCCGAUGUGCUGGAUUGUGUGCAGAAUACUCCCAGUCGGGAGAAUUUGGAACAGCAUUUUACCAAAGCAACAUUGCUGGGUCCUUCCAGUGGAACGGGAUUCUUUUCCCAUCAAGGUCCCGUUCCAGCGCCACAGGGCAAAAAGAAGGAGGCACUGGGACCCGUCUUUUCUGGAACCAUGGAUGUAUCCUCCUUUCAUACGCACGACAAAUUGGUGGUGCUUGCCACGGCACGUGUCGAUCAAAAUUGGCAGACCAUGCCUGCCGACUAUGCACCCAAAUUACCACCGCAGUCUCACAUUGUCAAUGCCCGGACCAAUCCGGAUUGGCACCACCAGUUGCCAGACGGCAAGGUCAUUCAGGGACGAUUGGAUUGGUUCUCCAUUCCUCUGACUGUGGUUGUGGGAGAUUAUCAAGACAGUGUGGGCACCCAAGCGGGGCGACAAGUGGGAACGGUCGAACUUUCCAACCGAUUUGGUGAGACCACUGGAGACUAUCAUGCUGGCAUGACACCUUCUGCUCCGUCUUCCUCCUCCACAACAGGGGACAACAACAACAAGAAGAAGGGACCCAGCAUGACAUUUUUGGUGGUAAUUGUAGUAGUGGUGUGCAGUUUUGUAGUGUACAAGCGGUUCUCGGGACCAAAGUACAAGAUGGACUACGACACAACCUACCAGGACAAUGAUGAAGAUGACGAUGAAUAUGGGAUGAGAGGGGCGUCCUACUCGGACAAGCCGAAGGAAAUGGAAUUGACCUGACUCAGCAAAUAUAGCAAGAAACCAGUGUCCAGGAACCUGAAGAGGACUGGCCGCAUGUAACGCCCAUAAAAUUGCAUAACUACAUUACAUUUUUUACGAUACAGUGUGAUCAAGCACAGUAGUGUAAUAUGAUAGUUUAGAGACACAAAACGGCAACAGCAGCAAUCAAAGCAAACGCCAUGUGGCUAACGAAAGAGUCAACGUCUGAAAGUCUUCUCAUCGCACCCGAUGUGUUGGUUGCGGCAUCGGUGGUGGUGGAUGUGGAAGAGUCUUCUUCCCCAUUGUCUUCGGGGUCGUGAUCUUCUCCCAUGGUGUUGUUAUUCUUGUCACCGCCGUCCAUGGUGUUGUUGUUGUUGUGGCCAUUGUCAUUGUGUGUUUCCAUCGUUGUUGUUUCGAGGUCAUUGUUAGCUGCCUCCGUCCCAGCCACAUUGGUGAAUUCAUGACUCGGACCAAUAUAGUUCUCGACUCCAAAGUCCGCUGGUUCCCCCAAGCCCAAGUCAUUGUUCCAUAGAAAAUUUCCAGAGAGUUGAUUCUGGGAUGCAUUGGCCAUUUGACCGGGUGGUACACACGGUGGAUUGCUGUUGGCACCACACAAGUGAAUGCCAUAACCAGCACAACCAAAGACGGUAUUGUCAAUGAAAGAGUUCCUAUCGCCUUGAAUUUGAAUGCCAUCUCCUGCAAUUCCUGAAACUGUAUUUUCUUUAAUGACAUUGUCGAUGGAAAGAGAAUCGGGAGUUUCUUGUAUGAUGACAAUUCCAAGUCUGGUAGCAUUCGCCACAAUAUUGUCUUCAAUAUGCGAUUCGCUGGUGGGUAGAUGAAUGUGAUCUUGGUAGUUUCCCCGAAAGGUAGAAUCUUCGCAGACCACUCCCGUGGCUCGGAAUACCAAGAGACCGCGAGAUCCUGGUGCAAAAGGUUCUAGUGGUUCCCCCGUGCGGUAUCGUUCCACAACAAGGUUGCUCAACGUGGCAUUGACGGCGGGUGGUCUGACAAAAACACCUACAUCUCGUUUGGUGGCUGGACCCAUGGGGUGUCGAAUGCUGAGAUUCUCCAGAGUAAUAUUGGGGGCCAAGAGAUCUACUACCACGUCCACAGGGACAUCGGCCGGAGCUUGUUGAUCCGGGACACCUCCCGCCGACUCGAUGGUGGCCUGAUUCUCCUCGUCUUCCGAUUCCAGUGUCAAGCCAGCCGUCAUGAUUCGGAUAUUCUCCACAAAAGUCCCUGAGCCAAUGCUAAUGGUAGCACCCUCAGAGGCUACAUCCACAGCGGCUUGAAUGGAUCCACAGGCAUCGUCCAACGAAGUACAGGUAGUGCUGGUGCCGCCUACUACCACAUAAAGGGUAUCUUGGGCAUUGGUGGGACAAAUAAGUGCCAAUACUACUAGUAAUAGCAAGAGAGCCGAAAGAAGCUUCAUACUAGUAGUUCCUCUUUAUUAACCAAUACUGUACUCGUUGACACUCAACUAAAAAGACAAUCAAAGUCCAACGCUUUGUGGAACUCGCUCUUGCUUCCAACAACACAGGCAAUGUGAUGCUCUACUGGUAGCACCAUGGUUUUCU